AUGUCAACUGUCAUAUCACCUGAUGUUCAAAAGGCUCUUUCACUCUCACCUGAAGAGUAUAGAAAGAGAAAAGUUGCUUUAAUAACUGGUAUUACUGGACAAGAUGGCUCUUAUCUCACUGAAUUUCUUUUAGAAAGAGGUUACACUGUUCAUGGAAUUAUUCGCCGUUCUUCAUCUUUCAAUACUGGAAGAAUUGAACAUCUUUAUAAAGAUCAACACGAACGUCCCAAAAUGGUUCUUCACUAUGGUGAUUUAACCGAUUCAACCAAUCUUGUACAUAUUGUUUCCCAAGUUCUCCCAACUGAAAUUUAUAAUUUGGGUGCACAAUCUCAUGUAAAGGUUUCUUUUGAUAUGGCCGAAUAUACAGUAAGUACUUUACGUUUAUUAGAUGCUAUCCGAACGUGUGUAGUGGAAACGCCCCAAUCAGAAACCACUCCAUUUUAUCCUCGUUCCCCAUAUGGUGUCGCCAAAUUAUAUGCUUUCUGGAUAGUUGUUAAUUAUCGUGAAGCUUACGGUAUGUUUGCUUGUAACGGUGUUCUUUUUAAUCACGAAUCUCCUCGUCGUGGUCGUACAUUCGUUACUCGUAAGAUUUCGCGUGCCGUUGCCGAAAUUCAUUUAGGGAAACAAGAAUGUCUAUGGCUUGGUAAUAUUGAUGCUAAACGUGAUUGGGGUCAUGCUAGAGAUUAUAUCGAGGGUAUGUGGUUAAUGUUGCAACAAGAUCAACCUGAAGACUUUGUGCUUGCUACUGGAGAAACUCAUACUGUUAGAGAAUAUGUUGAGAAAGCAUUUGCUGUUGUAAACAAAAUUAUUGAGUGGGAAGGUGAAGGAGAAGAACUUAUCGGUCGUGAAAAGGGAACAGGAUUUAUUCGUGUACGUGUCGACGCAAAAUAUUUCCGUCCUACCGAAGUAGACCUUUUACUUGGUAAUCCUUCCAAAGCAAAGAAACUUCUUGGUUGGAAACGAAAAGUGGAUUUCGAUUCAUUAGUAAAAGAAAUGGUGUUAGCUGAUAUUGAAGGUGCAAAAAUGAAUUCAGAAAAUUAG